GAAUGCGGUGGCCUGGCUCCGUGGCUCGCUCGCUGAAUUGCGGGAAGAAGCAGCCGCAAGCCCGUAACCGCGCCGGAAGGAAAGGGGGAGGGAUGAUUAAUUAUCCUUCUUGGGAUUCAUGGCGAGCUGCAGCAAGGCGAGCCCCGAGGCUCGGAGAUUCCAGGGAGAGAUUGCCUGAGGCAGAGCAGCAGGAAGGGAGGUAGAUUAUGCCGUUUGGCAACGCCAUUCUGACUGGAAAUUGAUUAGAGUUGGGUGGGGGGUUGGGAUCAUUGAGUGAGGAAGGGCGAGUGCGUAGGGAGGGACAGAGCGAGUGAGCGGAGCUGAGGCAGUAAGCUAAUCAGCUGAGCUAGUGGUAGCGGGGUGCUAGCAGGCCGACGACGAUGGAGUAAAACUAUGGACGACCUCUGGCACGUCCCUGCUUCUUUUUAUCCGUCUGGCCAUGAAGGCACGAAUGGAGCGGACGGAUGUAGAGUAGGUGCGAGUUACAGUGAAGUCUAGGCGCUUCGUUGGGCUCGGGCUCGGGCUUCUGCUUCUGCUCGUUGCUGCCGCACGGCAUUCUUCCUCUCGCGCACUCGCUGUGCACUGGGCCUGAGCAUAGUAGGCGUGUUUCUCUCCUCGGAGUAUUCAUCGGCACACUACAUACAUACAUACAUACUAGCGCAUGCCGCAGGGCGCCUGGCUGCCUCUGUCGCUCGAUUCUCCACCAACAGCGACACCCCAUCCGUCUUCCGACGAAGAAAUAGAUCCGUCUAGUCGUGAGCCCGCUUCUGCUGCUGCUGAUGCCGAGAGCAGCGGCUGCUCGCGUUGCGUUGGCCAAUGGACUGAAACAUUUUUUGGCUGAUUGCUGAGGACUCUGUUCUACUUCUCUUCUCUCGUUCCUCCUCGUUUCCUUCCGCUUCUGUUGCCGUACGAACUGUUGUCGGAGUGGCGAGGAGAGGGGAGUUGUUGAAGCAGCCAUCCAAGCCGCAACGACCAAUGUUUGUGAAAAGAGCCGAAAGCAAAUGCCGUCUUGUGCAGACGAGCAUUACAGUGAGAGCGUGCGAGCCAAAUCGGUCGUGAAAAGCUCGUCGGGUGGGAGCCUUAUCAAAGAGACAUUCAGGAGGCUGUGGAAUGUUACAGCAGGUGAUCCGCCAGAGAAAAUCGCAUUUGGUCGUGGCUGUUGUUUGCCCCGGCCAGUAGAAGAAGGAAGGAGGGACGCCAGGACGGACAAGUACGGGGACGCUGUUGAGCAGCUGAGCGAGGGAGGAAGAGAAACAAAGAGGACGAGAUAAGCUCUGCUACCAGAUUGGGCAUGAAUACGAGAGACCUACCACGGUCAGCACCACAAACGUCAUCGCGGAGCAGGUUUCCCAUACAGGUCGGUCGCUGGAAGCAGCAGCAGCCUCAUCAUGUGGGCUUUCCCUGCGCUGGAGCUUACUACCAAACAUUGACUCGAGACGCAGUGCAGCGCAGAGAAGGUCGCGCAUUUCCAAGUUGUGAAAUGUCCUCCAUUCGCCGAGCAGCGCAACAUCGUCGAGCGUAGGUUGCUUAAUUAUCGCAAGGGGAGGUGCGUAGGAAGUACAUUGUCACCACCGUAUUCUCCGUGGUCUGAGAAGCCCCGGGGGCGUGCGCGAUUCAUGCUUCGAUCUUGAUGGGAAGAAGGUUGUAUGUCUGGGAUGGGAGGGUCAAACUGAACAACAUAAUGCGCCCCCAUCCGACUGACAUUCCGGCGGUGACAGUUUACGACGAUGUCGUCUGCCUUUGUGAAAUCAUAGCUUCGUAGUACAUACCAUUACACCGUAUUUGCUGUCGUUCUAUCGAGAAGAGCUCCUUAAAGCCGCCACGACCUUAGCAACAGCGGAUUGAAGGCAGGAGACGGUGAAGCGCGGGCACGCUGGCGCUGUUCAAAAUGAGCUUUUUAAAUAACAAACUUUCUAAGACCACCAGCAUCUUCAACCUCAAGUUAUGGGUUGUUAUCGGAAUAGGUGUGGGCAUUUUUAUAUUUGUGAUUCUGUUCUUUCUGUCCGCUUGGCUCGUGUCCCGGAGGAGAGACCGGAAAGAUGGGAAGCUACCGAUGAAUGGGAUACCGGACGACUCCAAAGAGAUCAAAGAGGUGAGAGUCGAUAGAAUCAAUGCCAACGGGAAUGCCUAUUUGCCUCCUCCGGAUGGCAUCCUGCUCACAAUCACCGAGAGUCCUCAGGGCGGAGAGAAGAUGGAUCCGAAUGAAAAGAUGGUCGUUCAUGUGGGAUAUAAGCAGCAGGGUCAGCAGCAGCAGCAGCAGCAGCCGCCGCCGCAGCAAAAGCACCCUGGAGAGAAAUUUCAGCAGCAGACGCUUCAGCAGCAGAGGAAGGAUGGACAAAUUGAGAAGCAGAACCUGCUGGCGAACGACAAGUUUUCUCCCGAUGGCAAGGCUCGACGCCACGACAAGGACAACACCAACGGACAGCAACAUCAAGGACCCCAGCAACAGCAGCAGCAGCAGCAGCAGCAAGUGAUGGGUCAGCAGCUCGUCGUUCACGGACAGGAAGCACAGGAAGGCAUGAUGCAACUCGACAGGGGGAACCACAUCCUGGCGCAUGGGGGAGACUCCAAAGGCAGCUCGGAUGGAGAGCGACGAGCGCUGCUGGCCGCCGACACCCCAGAAAAGGGAUCCGGCAUGAGCGGAGAUGGUCGGGCCGUGGACUCACCCGCCGCGCUGGGUCCGGAGGUUUCGCACCUUGGCUGGGGCCAUUGGUACACACUUCGGGAGCUCGAGGCAGCCACCGAAGGUUUCGCUGAAGCAAAUGUGUUGGGAGAAGGCGGCUACGGUAUAGUCUACAGGGGCCAGCUCGUGGAUGGCACUCUAGUGGCAGUCAAGAAGCUUCUGAACAACAGCAGGGGCCAAGCUGAAAAGGAAUUCCGGGUGGAGGUGGAUGCUAUCGGUAGAGUUCGUCACAAAAAUUUAGUUCGAUUGCUGGGUUACUGUGCCGAAGGUGCCGCUCACAGAAUUCUUGUGUACGAAUACGUCGACAAUGGCAACCUGGAGCAGUGGCUACAUGGUCCUCUCGCUAACUCCAAUGCCCUCAAUUGGGACGCCCGGAUGAAAAUUGUCAUGGGCACUGCUAAGGGGUUAGCAUACCUUCAUGAAGCUCUCGAACCAAAGGUUGUUCACAGAGAUGUCAAGUCUAGUAACAUUUUGGUCGAUGGACAGUGGAAUGCAAAAGUUUCUGACUUCGGAUUAGCGAAGCUACUUGGUUCUGGCAAAAGCCAUGUUACCACCAGAGUCAUGGGUACUUUUGGAUAUGUAGCCCCAGAGUAUGCAAAUACUGGUCUUUUGAACGAAAGAAGUGAUGUAUACAGCUUUGGAGUUCUGUUAAUGGAGAUUAUUACUGGAAGAGAUCCUGUGGACUACAGCCGUCCGUCCGGGGAGGUGAAUUUGGUGGACUGGCUCAAAAUGAUGGUGGGUAAUAGAAGGUCAGAGGAAGUAGCAGAUCCCCGCCUCGAGAUCAAACCGACCUCGAGGGCACUGAAACGGGCACUGUUGGUAGCACUACGAUGCGUGGAUCCAGAUUCUGUUAAGAGACCCAAAAUGGGUCAGGUUGUGCAUAUGCUUGAGGCGGAAGACUUCCCGUUCCGAGAUGUAAGCCUCUCAAUCCUUACUGAUAGAAGAAUUAGCAGGGAUGCUCGCUCAAGGCGGACGGAUUCUCUCAACCAAGAACGGAUGCUGAAACAUUUGUCAGCAAAAGAUACUACAUCUACAUCCAAAGCUGCUGAUCAAGAAGAUAGUGAUAAUUCUGUUGAUAGUCCCCGAAAUCUGUCCUAUGUCAAGAAAUACAGGAGGUAUGAGGGCUAGAAAGGCGAGCCCCUAUCUCCACUCUCCCUAAUUCUUCUUUCUGAGAGCGGGUUAGACGAUAGUUCGGCAUUAGGCGAGUACAUACCAUAUACAUACAAGUGGGUGCUUGUGGCAGUGGUAGGGUGGGCAGGGUCGGGGUCAGGGCCAGGGCAGCUCGAAAAGAGACCAAACGUUUUCCUUAUCUGUUGAGGUUGAUUUAGUUUAGGACAUUCAUUCAGGAUCACAUCUCUGCGUUGCUGAAAACCACCCUGGCUGUGUACAACGCUAACUUGCAAAAGCUUUGUGUAGUUUAUAGUAACUAGAAGGUAGCUAGGAAGAUUGUUUCUCUUUGCAUCUGGUCAUGAAUGACACUGCUUGUACAUGGAGGUUAUCAAAAAGUUUUAAAGAGUGCUAUGAACUGGUAACAGUUUACC